AUGACCCAAAAACAAUGGGAAUUUUUUCGAAUUUUAGCAAUUUCUUCGUGUAUUGCUUCAUUAGCUAGUGUAAUAUUAUUAGCUGUUUGUAUUCCUUUAAUUUAUAUUCAAAUUGAUGAAGAAAAUGAAUUUAUUGGGUUAAAAGCAAAACAAUUUAGAGAAAAUUCAGAAAGAAUAUGGACUAAUACUAAUUAUCAAAAUUUGGGGAGAAAUAGUGGAGAAAAUGAGAGAAAGAAACGAGCAGUGUUAAAUGUUGGAGGAAUUUGUUCAGGUAAAAAUUAUAGGAAAAAAUACAAAAAAUACAAAUUUCCGGAAAGAAAAAUACAAAAAGAAAAAUACAAUUCCGGAAAAGAAAAUACAGAAAAUACAAAUUCCGGAAAGGAAAAUACAAAGAAAAUACAGAUUUCCGGAAAGGAAAUACAAAAAAAUACAAUUUCCGGAGAGGAAAAUACAAAAAAAAUACAAAUUUCCGGAAGGGAAAAAUACAAAAAAUACAAAUUUCCGGAAAGGGAAAAUACAAAAAAAUACAAUUUACGGAAGGAAAAUACAGAAAAUACAAGUUUCCGGAAAGGAAAUACAAAGAAAAUACAAAUUCCGGAAAGGAAAUACAAAGAAAAUACAAAAAAUACAAUUCCGGAAAAUAAGUCAUUAAUAGCAAAUAGAAUUCCGGAAAGCUAA